AUGGCGUCUGAUCACUGUCCAAUUGUGAUCAAGAUGGAUGAUGGAAUACGGCUUAAGCUGAGAACAAUCAAAUUUGAAGAUACAUGGAGAUCUUAUCCGGCGGCUAAGAGCAUAGUUUAUCACUCCUUGAAGAAGCAUGAUGAUUGUAAUGAGUAUGAAGUCUUACAAAAGAAGCUUAAUCGUACUUUGAAAUCCUUAUUUUUCAGGAGAAGAAAUAAAUGCAAGGAUUUGAAUGCGUUAAAGGAUAAACUGAAGAAAGAGAUCCUUGAUUUGCAAAACAAAGAAGCAUUGAGUAGUAAUUGGUCUGUUGAUGACCUGUUUGAACUUAGAAAUAAGGUUAAUCAACUCAAUAUCACUAUGAGAAGACUUUCAACUUGGUGGAAUCAAAGGGCUAAGGCUAGGUGGCAUGAGGAAGGCAAUACAAAUUCUAAGCUUUUUCAUAACAUUGCAACAGCUAGAAGGAAUGGGAAUCAUAUUUUUCAAGUCAAAGAUGAAGCAAAUAAGUUGCAAGUGGAGGAGGAUCAAAUCGAGAAAGUCUUCACAAAAUUCUUUGAGAAGAAAUGGGAAUAUAGGGAAUGUGAAGUCACGGGAUGGCCUUCUAUUAUGGAGAAUCAGAAGUUAAAUGCCGAAGACAUGGAGUUGUUAAAUGCUGAGUUUACUGAAAAUGAAUUACAGAUUGUGGUCAAGGAAACAAUAAAUCUCCUGUGUGAACCAAAGGUUGGUGUUAGUUCAGAGCAACAUUUCGUAGCAGGAGAUUUAUAG